AUGCGAGCUCUGGGGACGCUGCUCUUCCCGUUCCUGAAGUCGUACGUGUCUCGCGCCCCCACGCUCGGCUUCACCCGCCUGGUGUCGCUGCGGAGGGCCGAGCUGCAGAAGUCCGCGCUUGAUCAGAUUGACAAGGCGCUCCGCAAGAGCUUGCCGCUCCGCGUGACCAGGGUGUACGUCCAUCAGUUCGGGCUGUCCGUCGGUCCUGUCGUUGGGGUCCGCGUGAGCGUGGCAGGGCUGCGGGUGGAAUUGGAGUGGACUUCCCAUCAGAUUUGGGAGAGCGCGGCCGCCGACGUCCAGGACGCCGCGCGGAAGAGCUCGCAAAACAAGGCGCAGGCAGCCAUAAAAGCUGUGGAGGCCAGCUUGAAAGGCAAGGGUCCGGUCUCCGUGCGUGCGGACCUUCGGACCGCCGGCUGCCGCGCCAUCGAGCGGGGCGGCGCGCGGGCGCAGGCGCAGCUGCAGCUGAGCUCGGGCGCUGCCGAGGGGGUGCCUGGCCCAAGGUUGGAUCCCGCCUCGGAGGCCGAGGUGGCCCAGCGCUGGUUCCGGCUGGAGCUGCCGCGCGUCGUCAGGACGCUGCUGACGCCCCGCGCCCUCCCAGCGAAGAGGGCGAGGGCCGAGGUCCUUGUCCGGCGCGUCGUGCUGGAGGUUCGCCCCUGUACUGUGAGCGCGCUGAUGCAGGCGGCCGCGGCCUUGAAGCGGUUCUCGGAGUGGAAAGAGGCGGAAGAGGGCGAGGCGACGUGCACGAUAUCGCCGCUGCAGCCGGGCGAGAGGGCGCAGUAUGCGCAGGCCCUUGCCAAGGGAGGGGACGUUGUUGCGUGGGAGGAGCGGAUGACCGCCGAAGAGAUCUUGCUCGCGCACUGCGAGCGGAGCUGCUGGCCUGUGCCCGAGGCUUUGAGUCUCGACGAGUGGAUCGACCAGAUCAAGGCCGAGAAGAGGCCCGUGCAUGCCGUCGAGGCGUCUGCAGAGGUGCAGUGCAUAGUCGUGGAGGUGCUCGGCGACAGCCACCCUUCUGGGCACGGCCUGACGGCCAGAAUGGAGUCGCUCCGCGCAAGCGUGGGCAUUCUUGCACCGCAGCAGGGCGCCGCCAGCCUUAAUCCCAAGAGCCUGGGCUCCUGGGGUUGCACGGUCGACGCCAAGCUCCUGCGUGACGCGGGCCCGAAGAAGUUGGAGGCCAGGGCGUUCCUGGGCUGCCUGGAGAUCACCUGCGCGCCGCCCAGCUCCCUCGCCGUGCCCGUGCUCGAGCCCUGCUCGUUCUCGGCGGAGUGCUGGCUUCACGCCUCUGGCGGCAGGGACACCGUGCUGCUACACAAGGAGAACCACGCGGUGGUGUUUCCCGGCGUGAGGGAGCAGGCGGCCGUCGCCGUCAAUAUCUCGGGGCACGCGUUGUGGCAGGUGCAGCACAUCCUCCAGGACGUGGCAGAUGCGGCGAAGGCGGUGCAGCUUGACAGCGCCGAGAGUACGGCGGAAAGUAUUUUGACGAAGAAGCCUCGCGAGGACGCGAAGAGGCACGCCGCGCAUCUGGCGUUUGUGAGGCGGAUAUUCGACGAACUGGAUACGGAUGGGUCUGGCUUCCUGGAGAGUGCCGAAGUGGAUCAAUUGUUGUUGACUUUGUACGGUCACAAGAUGACACUUGUGGAAAUAAAGAUGGCGAGCAAGCACAUGAUGCGAAUGAUCGACACGGACAACAAUGGUGUUGUACGAGUGGAGGAGUUGCAGGCUUUCUUCGAUCAGUGGCAGGGCGCUGAGGAGCGCUCUGCCGGCCCUGUAUGCCCUAACCUUUGCGAUUUCGUUGUGCCCGUCCCCCAGAGCCUCGACUUGGAGGAGACCUUCCGCAGGUGCGUUUGCCCCGACUUUGACGAGCAUGCGCUCGAGGCCCACCCAGAGGUUCUGCAACUUCGCUGGGUGCGUGCCCUGCAGAACUACUCGAUGGCCCAGUCGACGUGGACGGCAUCCAUCGCUCCAAGGCUGGACAGCAAGUUUGCCGAGUGGAAGCUGCACGGAGGCAUCCUCGCCACGGACUUCUGGAACGACCCAACCCUCAGCUUGACUACGAUCAGUGAUGUGCCCAGCGAUCCCGAGGCAAGGGAUGUUACACUUGUAUGCAGCGUUGACAUGCCAGAUGUGUCGCUGAGGCUCGCGGACUGCCAGCACGCGAGCGCCAUACCUCGCAUCUGCGUCGACAUUCACCAUGUCCUGCUGGCUGGGGGCGUGGUGACGUCCUCGCAGAAGAGUGCGUUGAGUUUCCAGGGCCUGUCAGGUGGAUUCUCCAUCAGGGCUUCGUACUGGAACCACGAGCACUGUCUCGUGGAGCCGCUCGUUGAGCCAUGGAGCGUCAAGCUGGACGCCGACGGCAAGAGCGUCAGGUUCUUGUCGGACCAUCACAUGGUGGUCAACGCGACGCCGCCGCUCCUCCAGGCCCUCUCCUUCGCGGCCGCGUCGUUCAAGUGCGCGGCAGCCCCUCCCCCAGACGAGCACCCAUCACAGACCGAAGGAUAA